GGAAGGAGCAGCCGCUGCUGCCGAGGUGCUUCCAGCUCUCCACAAGCGUGCGAGAGACAGCGUUCCCAAGGCCGGCUCGCUGCAGCUGAGGAGACAGCACUCAUAGACCCUCCUUUGAUUAGGAUGUGUCCGUGUUGUCAGGGCAACUGUUAACAGCGGCGUAUCAUAUUUUCUCCUCUUGUACUGUGUGCUGAAUAUUUUAGUGUGCUGUAGCUGGAAGAAGGUUGAAGGGAAGAAGGUGCUGCUGCAAGGAACCUGGAGCUGUGGGCUGGGAUCUGACUGGACAGGUUAAGACAGCAAGGAGCAGCAUCCAAACCAAUGUGCCUUUGAUUAGGGCUUUUCUUCAAGGAGGGAAACGACUGCCGACUGGAUGUUGGUGUUUGUCAGCUGUUUGCAUACUGCUGAUCCAUAGGGGAUCUGUUACAAGUGCUCAAAUGAACAGACAGCGUUGCAGCUAGCGGCUAAUCAGGGGCUGGAGUUUCUUACUUUUUUUUUAAUAAGCAAGAGGCAACAGCAGCAUGCCUGGUUCAACUACUGCCCUCCGACAAGAGAGACUGAAGAAAAGUGCCAGGCCAAAUCCCCCAGGUUUAUUCACCAUUAAUGAAGAGGAUGAGCAGCAAAAAAAUGGGAAUUCCACAAGACUGAAAGCAACUGAAGGUUCUGAAACACAAGAUAAGAAAGUCGCUUCAGCACAAAGCAACGCUGGAACUAAACCAGAUCAUCCAACAAUACUAAAGGUUGAUGACAGGCAACGGCUUGCCAGAGAACGGAGAGAAGAGAGAGAAAAACAGCUAGCUGCAAGAGAGUCUGUCUGGCUAGAAAGAGAAGAGAGAGCACGGCAACAUUAUGAAAAACACCUAGAGGAACGCAGAAAGAAGCUAGAAGAGCAGAGACUAAAGGAAGAGAGGAGGCGAGCUGCUGUAGAGGAAAAGCGAAGGCAGAAACUCGAAGAAGAGAAGGAACGACAUGAAGCUGUUGUACGUCGCACAAUUGAAAGAAGCCAGAAGCCAAAACAAAGGCAAAACAGGUGGUCCUGGGGAGGAGCACUGCACAACCGCAUUAAUAACACAGAUCGAGACAGGCGGUCUGUUUCAACAAUGAACCUUUCGAAACAUGUUGAUCCAGUCAUAAACAAGCGGCUCUCCUCCUCAUCUGCAACAUUACUAAAUUCUCCAGACAGAGCUCGCCGUCUUCAGCUCAGUCCAUGGGAGAGCAGCAUCGUUAGCAGGCUCCUGACGCCCACACACUCAUUCCUGGCUCGGAGUAAAAGCACAGCUGCAUUGUCUGGAGAUGCAGUUAUCCCCGUUUGUCCCCGUUCAGCGUCUUGCAGCCCCCUCAGUCCUCUCUCCUACAAGGCCCUGAGCUGUAGGAAUUCAGGAGAACGAGCAAAACUUUAUGCUUCCACUGAUGCCGUUGGACGUCGGAGAACAACGCACCUUGCAGGGACUGACAAAAGAGAAAAGGACCAUUUGUCAUCCAGCUUUUCAGCCAACUUUAAAGGAGGUCAUUUUACUUCCAGCCUCAAAGCUAGAUCAUCAGCUCCCUCUCCAGUUUGGCAUGCAUCAAAGUCUUUGCCUUUUUUGCCUGGCACACCCAAGCAGAUAACUUCCCCACCUGGUUCCUCCAAAGUUUCCUCUGCUCAGACACGUCCUCCCUCUCCUGGCAACAUCCGGCCAGUCAAAAAAGAGAUCAAACCAGAAGGUGAGAAGAAAAGACCAGAAAAGGAGGCUGAAAAGGCCAAUGAGGUGAAAACAGAAGAGAGUAAAGGAACUUCAGCAGGUGCUGGAGAAUCCACAAGUCAGGAACAGCUCACUGUCCAAGCAGAGCUAACUCAAGUUUCAGCAGCCAGCCCAACCCUGCCUCCUGCUCCAGCUGUUUCUCCAGCCCCAGCACUGCCCAAGCCCUCUGCAGGUACAACUGACCCUGAAGAAGCCACAAGGCUGCUGACUGAAAAGAGGCGCCUUGCCCGUGAGCAGCGGGAACGGGAGGAGCAGGAAAGGAGGGAGAGAGAGGAGCUUGAAAGACAAAAGAAAGAGGAGUUGUCCCAGAGGAUAGCUGAAGAAAGAGCUCGCCGAGAAGAGGAGGAAGCUCGCAGACAAGAAGCAGAAAAACAAAGGAAGGAUGCAGAGGAACGGGAAAAGGAGGAACGGCUGCGCCGCCAGGCAGAAGAGAGAGAGCAGAAGGAGAAAGAAGAGAUGGAGCGCAUUCAGAAACAAAAAGAAGAGGAAGCUCGCCUGCGGGAAGAGGCUGAGAGGAUUCGAUUGGAACGCGAAAAGCAUUUCCAAAGAGAAGAGCAAGAGCGCUUGGAAAGGAAGAAGAGGCUUGAGGAGAUCAUGAAGAGAACUAGGCGUGUAGAAGCUGUAGAUAAGAAAUCCAAUGACCAGCAAAAUGGACAUAUAUCAAAGGCAAAUAUUACUGGAGAAGCAGUCCCAGGCAGUCCUGCCUCUCCCUCGGAGCCGGCAGCGGGGCCGCAGCACGCGGUGCCACCUCCACACAACGGGACAGCAGUGGCGGUGCCACCACCACAUAACAACGGGACAGCGGCAGUGCCACCAUCACAUAACAACGGGACAGCGGCGGUGCCACCUCUGCACGGCGGGACAGCAGCAGUGCCACCUCUGCACGGCGGGACAGCAGCAGUGCCACCUCUGCACGGCGGGACAGCGGCCGCCUGCGUGCGCACGGGGGCUGCACAGCAGCCCCCCGCAAAUGUGGACAGCAAUCUCAAUCCAGAGGAAAAUGCAAAUGAAAAUGGAAUGUCUAUGCAGAAUGAUAACUUUGAAGAGAUCAUGAACCUGCCUAUUGGUUCUAAACCAUCCCGGCUGGAUGCUAUGAACAAUGAUGGAAGCAACAGUCCCGAAAUUCCUUUGAAUCCAAUUCUAGCCUUUGAAGAUAAGGGCACUCUUUUGCCUCAGGUAGAUAGUGUUCAAACACAUCAAACAGCAGAAGUGAUCUGAUUGUUCCUUCUGGAGAACCAAAGGUGAUAUGAGCAUCUCUGCAGUCAGUGGAGUUUCUUCCAUGCUAUGAAGGAGUGUUUUAUUUUUUCUCUCCAGUUUUUUAAAGAUUUCUUGAAUAUCUUUUUUGGAAGGACUUUAGUAAAACCAGCAGAAGAAAUGAGGGGAAUAGACUUGGAUCACCAUUCUAAUAGCUUUCAUCACUAGAAAAAUCAUGCUUCACGUGCGUUACUUAAUAUGGCUAUUUCCAACAAGCUUUUUUUGUUAGUAAAUGAAUAUUUCUGCAUUCCUUAAGACACAAGACACUGGAAUCUGAAAGUAACGGGCUGAUUUGGGUGGUGGGACUGAUUAUUUUUGUUUUUAAAAAAGGUGGGUGUUGGUUUAAAAAGCAUAAUUGUAAAAUUGGCAAAGAAUCUUUUACACUUUAUGGUUCUAAUACUUGAAAAAUAAAUGCCUCAUUGCUCUACAAGUAGAGUUAAUGGGGCGUUUUAUUUAAACCUGUUGGUUUAAAUGUUAUUGCAGAGAACUCUAAUUAUGGGGGCGAACUAUAGGCUUCUGUAUCAGGUUCUUGUAAAUGUAAUUCCUACAGGGACAUUCUGUAAAUUGAGACGUCACUAUGAUCUUCUCACAUUUUCUCUAAAAACACAAAACAAGAAAGGUUUUAAAAUGUGAAAAUUUGAAAGCGUUAUUUUUUCAUUGACAAGAGGAUAACCUAUUGUUCUCCUAGAUUAUGUAUUUAUGAAUUUUGCUCAGUACAGAAAUAAACCAUUUGAUUGAAUAAAUUAGACGAAUGUGGUAAAAAAGAUACUGCAAACUUGAUUUUUUUAGUUACAUCCAUGUUCACAAUACUAUAAAAGAUGUGUAUGCAUAUGUGCACACACUUGUGCACACACCUACAAGGAAAUACCUUGUUCUGAGUCCUGUAAAUUGCUGCUGUUCCCAAUGAUGGAAGACUUCUCCUUUGCCUUAUCAAACUUUUGAAGACUGUGUAACCUGGGAUAUUUGAGUUUUGGAUGAUAAUGCAGGUUCAGGGAUUUUUGGGGUUUGCUCGUUUCAGAGCAAAUGGAAAAUGGUCAUUUGUGCUUUUUUAUGUAGUGUGUGGUUUUUAUAAAGCAGUGCAGUUUGAGUGAUAAGAGGAGUGAUGCAGGUUGCUUUCUCUUUAGUUUGAUGCUGAUUUCUACUGUCAUUCAUUGUUCCAUCCCACAGUUUUGGUUGCUGUUGUGCAGAACUGUAAAAUCUUGCACGUUUUUGUGCUUUGCUAAACGAUGCUGUUGGAGGCAGAGCUUGCUCGGGGUGUUUGAGUUUGCCAAAGGCUUGAGACAUUGCUCUCUGAAUCGGUGAGAAGAUCCUUGGGUAGGGGAAAUGGAGGUUCAUGGGCUCCCAGCUCCUGCUAACAGAGAAUUUACCAUUAAGAUUCCUGCACUUGCCUCUAGUGAGCACUGAGCAAGGCCUCUAGGAAGCUGUGCAGAAAGUUUGCGCUAGCAGAAGAAAUCCUCUGAGACAAAAGCCGAAGAAUUUCUGAAGAAAUUUCUGCUGCUGCCGAGUGUUCGUCUUAUAGAGGAGAUGGGACAAAAGCAAUGGAGAUCAAAUGAAAGAGACUUCAUCUGCCAGAAUAUUUAUGGAAGGGAAAAAACAGCCAUUCAGUCAGAGUGCUUUCAAUAGUAACUUGUGACACAGUAAAAUGAAUUGGGUUCUUUUUUUGCUUUCUUUAGUUUUCCAUGUACAUAGCCACAAUAUUUUGAAGUGUCCAAAAUAUGUAGUUUUUCUUUAAAACUAUAUAUAGCAUGUAAGUACCAAAUAAAACUUGUUUGAAAUAUU